UUGGAAAUCAUUAAAAACAAUGCCCCACUUGACCUUGCUGAAAGUUGGUCUGGCAGUACCUGUCACUUAAAGACCAAGAACGGUCCAAUGACCAUUCACGGUUCACUUUCAGCCACAGAUACCAUCCUGUUGGAGAACGCAAAUGGUGCUAUUACAGUGGAAGGCCAUCUAUUUGCUACGGAUACAAUCAAAGUCAAAUCUACCAACGGUGUCUUUGCAGUUCAAGGAGAGUCCAUCAUUGCCAAUUUUCUUGAUGUCGAAAUCACCAACGCUCCCAUUCGCAUUCAUAGCUUUAUUCAGGCACCUCGUGUCAGUCUCAAGACAAAGAAUGCACCCAUCAAUUUGGGAAAUGUCUCGGUCGGUAAAGAAUUAAUCGUAAAAACAUCCAAUGCACCCAUGGAUAUUCAUAUCUUGGAUAUCGCUAAUGGAUCUGCUACUAUUUCAAUCGAAUCAUCGAAUGCACCUGUCAAUGUUUAUUUACCCAGCACAUUUUCCGGUCACUUUAGUGUUAAAUCCAAUAGUACUGGUUCAGCCAACGUAGUAGCGAAAUCAACAGAACGAUCUUCCUUGCAUUAUGAAACCAAUGAAAAAUCAACGAAAAAAGGUACCUGCAAGAACUUGGGAAACAAGUCAAAUAUCAACAUCGAAAUCAAAACUUCCAAUGCUGAUGCUACAUUGUACAUUUAA